AUGGCCGGCUUCUUCGAGCGCCUCGCGGCGCGCUGCGCGUCCCAGGAGACGUUCCUCUGCGUCGGCCUCGACCCGCGCGCGUCGAGCGCCGCCGAGGCCGAGGCGCUCUGCGUGUCCCUCAUCGACGCGACCCACGACGUCGCCUGCUGCUUCAAGCCCAACGCGGCCUUCUUCGAGGCCCACGGGUCGGCGGGCCUCGAGGCCCUCAAGCGCGUCAUCGCCAAGGUGCACGCCGUCGGCGGCCUCGCGCUCCUCGACUGCAAGCGCGGCGACAUCGGCGCGACGGCGGAGGCGUACGCGAAGGCGUGCUACGACGACCUCGGCGCGGACUGCGUGACGCUGUCGCCCUACCUGGGCUACGACGCCAUCGCGCCCUUCGUGACGGGCCCCUACGCGGGCAAGGGCUGCUUCGUGCUCUGCGCGACGUCGAACGGCUCGGCCGAGGAGGUGCAGUCGGACGAGCUCCGCGGCACCGUCGCGGCCCUCUGCGGCGGCGCCUGGGCGGCCCGGACGGCGGAGGCGAGCCGCCCCCUGGGCCUCGUGGUCGGCGCGACGAAGCCCGCCGCCGUCGCCGCCGCGCGGCGCGCGAACGGCGCCGCGUGGAUCCUCGCUCCGGGCGUCGGCGCCCAGGGCGCGUCCGCGUCCGACGUCGUCGCCGCGGCGCUCGCGGGCAACGCCGCGCCGUCGCGCGCGUCCCUCCGCCUCGUCGUGCCCGUGUCGCGCGCCGUCGCCAACGCGCCGGACCCCAGGGCCAAGGCCGCCGAGCUCCGCGACGAGAUCAACGCCGCCGUCGAGUGCGCGCUCGCGCAGCCGCCG